GGGCGGCUCCAGCUGCCCCCAGAUGUGGACUGGGAGGCGCGCGGGCAACUUUCGCGCCGGCUACGAGUGCGGGGCCCGGGCUGCGGUCCGGCUGCCAUGGAUCCGCCGGCUGGCGCCGCUCGCCGCCUGCUCUGCCCCUCGCUGCUGCUGCUGCUGCCGCCGCUCCUGCUGCUGCCGCCGCCCGCGAACGCCCAGCUCGCCGCUGCCGCUGCCGCCGCCGACCCCCCGGGCGGACCCUUGGGGCAUGGAGCGGAGCGCAUCCUGGCGGUGCCGGUGCGCACUGACGCCCAGGGCCUCUUGGUGUCCCACGUGGUGUCGGCGGCUACAGCCGGGGCGGGGGUUCGGACCCGCAGGGCUGCCCCAGUCUGGACCCCGGGCUUCCCCAAAGGCAACGAGGAAGACCCUGGCGGCCGCCUCUUCUACAAUGUCACGGUCUUCGGCAGAGACUUGCAUCUGCGGCUGCGGCCCAACAACCGCCUCGUGGCGCCUGGAGCCACGGUGGAGUGGCAGGGCGAGUCGGGCGCCACUCGCGUGGAGCCCCUUCUUGGAACCUGCCAGUACGUCGGGGAUGUGGCCGGCCUGGCCGCAGCCUCCUCUGUGGCGCUCAGCAACUGCGACGGGCUGGCUGGCCUGAUCCGGAUAGAGGAGGAGGAGUUCUUCAUUGAGCCCCUGGAGAAGGGACUGGCAGCACAGGAGGGCGAGCAAGGCCGCGUGCAUGUGCUGUAUCGCCGCCCGCCCACCCUGGGACCCCCUCCUCCAGGAGCGCCACAGGCCCUGGACACAGGAGCUGCCCUGGGCAGCCUGGACAGCCUCAGCCGGGCCCUGGGCGUGCUGGAAGAGCGAGUCAACAGCUCAAGGCGGAGGGCGCGGAGGCACGCUGCAGACGACGACUACAACAUUGAGGUCCUGCUGGGUGUGGACGACUCUGUGGUCCAGUUCCAUGGGAAGGAGCACGUGCAGAAAUACCUGCUCACCCUCAUGAACAUUGUCAACGAAAUCUAUCAUGAUGAGUCCUUGGGGGCCCAUAUCAAUGUUGUCCUCGUGCGGAUCAUCCUGCUGAGCCAUGUGAAGUCCAUGAGCCUCAUCGAGAUUGGAAACCCCUCUCAGAGCCUGGAGAAUGUCUGCCGUUGGGCCUACCUCCAGCAGAAGCCGGACACGGACCACGAUGAAUACCACGAUCAUGCCAUCUUCCUCACCCGGCAGGACUUCGGGCCAUCGGGCAUGCAAGGCUAUGCUCCUGUCACGGGGAUGUGCCACCCGGUCCGCAGCUGUACCUUGAACCAUGAGGAUGGCUUCUCCUCGGCGUUUGUGGUGGCCCAUGAGACCGGCCACGUGCUGGGCAUGGAGCAUGACGGGCAGGGCAACCGCUGUGGUGAUGAGGUGAGGCUGGGCAGCAUCAUGGCGCCCCUGGUGCAGGCCGCUUUCCACCGCUUCCACUGGUCCCGCUGCAGCCAGCAGGAGCUAAGCCGCUACCUCCACUCCUACGACUGCCUGCGGGAUGACCCCUUCGCCCACGACUGGCCGGCGCUGCCGCAGCUCCCAGGCCUGCACUACUCCAUGAACGAGCAGUGCCGCUUUGACUUUGGUCUGGGCUACAUGAUGUGCACAGCGUUCCGGACCUUCGACCCUUGCAAGCAGCUGUGGUGCAGCCACCCUGACAACCCCUACUUUUGCAAGACCAAGAAGGGCCCCCCUCUGGAUGGGACCAUGUGUGCACCUGGCAAGCACUGCUUUAAAGGACACUGCAUCUGGCUGACACCUGACAUUCUCAAACGGGAUGGAAACUGGGGCACCUGGAGUCCGUUUGGCUCCUGCUCGCGUACUUGCGGCACGGGUGUGAAGUUCAGGACCCGCCAGUGUGACAACCCACACCCAGCCAAUGGGGGCCGCACCUGCUCAGGCCUUGGCUACGAUUUUCAGCUCUGCAAUCCCCAGGACUGCCCUGACUCUCUGGCUGACUUCCGUGAGGAGCAGUGCCGCCAGUGGGACCUGUACUUCGAGCAUGGCAAUGCCCAGCACCACUGGCUGCCUCACGAGCAUUGGGACGCCAAGGAGCGCUGCCACCUAUACUGCGAGUCCAGGGAGACCGGGGAGGUGGUGUCCAUGAAGCGCAUGGUGCACGACGGGACGCGCUGCUCCUACAAGGACGCCUUCAGCCUCUGUGUGCGCGGGGACUGCAGGAAGGUGGGCUGUGACGGGGUGAUCGGCUCCAGCAAGCAGGAGGACAAGUGCGGCGUGUGUGGAGGAGACAACAGCCACUGCAAAGUGGUCAAGGGGAUGUUCACGCGCUCGCCCAAGAAGGACGGCUACAUCAAGAUGUUCGAGAUCCCGGCAGGAGCCAGACACCUGCUCAUCCAGGAGGUGGACACCACCAGCCACCAUCUGGCCGUCAAGAACCUGGAGACAGGCAAGUUCAUUUUAAAUGAAGAGAACGAUGUGGAUCCUAACUCCAAGUCCUUCAUUGCCAUGGGUGUGGAGUGGGAGUACCGCAAUGAGGACGGCCGGGAGACACUGCAGACCAUGGGCCCCCUCCACGGCACCAUCACCGUCAUGGUCAUCCCACAGGGAGACAGCCGGAUCUCACUGACCUACAAAUACAUGAUCCAUGAGGACUCGCUCAACGUCGAUGACAACAAUGUCCUGGAAGAAGACUCCAUGGACUAUGAGUGGGCUCUGAAGAAGUGGUCCCCCUGCUCCAAGCCUUGUGGUGGAGGGUCACAGUUCACCAAAUACGGCUGCCGCCGGAGGCUGGACCACAAGAUGGUGCACCGUGGCUUCUGCGAUGCCGUGGCAAAGCCCAAAGCCAUCCGCCGUGCCUGCAACCCACAGGAGUGCUCCCAGCCUGUGUGGGUGGCAGGCGAGUGGGAGCCGUGUAGCCAGAGCUGCGGGCGGACAGGCAUGCAGACCCGCUCUGUGCGCUGCAUCCAGCCACUGCACGACAAUACCAACCGCUCCGUGCACACCAAGCAUUGCAACGACGCACGGCCCGAGGGCCGCCGGGCCUGCAACCGCGAGCUCUGCCCUGGCCGCUGGCGGGCUGGGCCCUGGUCCCAGUGUUCAGUGACCUGUGGCAACGGCACCCAGGAGCGGCCAGUCCUCUGCCGGACCUCAGACGACAGCUUUGGCGUCUGCCAGGAGGAGCGACCAGAGACGGCUCGGAUCUGCAGACUUGGCUCUUGUCCCCGAAACAUCUCUGACCCUUCCAAGAAAAACUACGUGGUUCAGUGGUUGUCCCGCCCCGAUCCCGACGUGCCCAUUGCCAAGACCUCGUCAAAGGGCCGCUGCCAAGGUGACAAGUCAAUGUUCUGUAAGAUGGAAGUCUUGUCUCGCUACUGCUCUAUCCCAGGCUACAACAAGCUCUGCUGCAAGUCCUGUAACCUGUACAACAUCAGCAAUAUGGAUGACAGGACAGAGCUACCACCUAGCAAGAACAAUGACAUUGAAGAGCUCAUGGCCACCCUCCCGGUGCCCACUCUAGUCAUGGAGGUUCCGCCUUCGCCAGGUGCCCCCCUGGGGGUCCCACUCAAUGCCUCCAGCACCAAUGCCACCGAGGAUCAUCCAGAGACAAAUGCUGUAGAUGUGCCCUACAAAAUCCAUGGUCUGGACGAUGAAGUCCAGCCACCCAACCUAAUCCCUCGACGACCGAGCCCAUAUGAAAAGACCAGAAACCAAAGAAUCCAAGAGCUCAUUGAUGAGAUGCGGAAGAAAGAGAUGCUCGGAAAGUUCUAAUAAAAUGGAAAGAUAGCAUCAAUAGCAUUUUUUUUCUUGCUUAUAGAGGUAUCCCAUGCGAUAGCAAAUCCUGUGUCAUGAAGAUGAAGUCAAAAUUCCUGACUCCAAAAGGUUUUGAGAAAACAGAGGGGAUGACAUCAAAAAUGUUUGAGCGUGUGCCAACUGGGCUAGCACACAUUUUCCAACCCAUGAGUGGUCUAAAUCCUGUACUGCCAACACCAAGAGGGUUCUGGGUGUUGGGUGGAAAGGAAUACAGAAGUUCUUCAACCUCUAUCAGUGAGGGGAGGGCAAGAAGGAUAACUCUGAGAGAUAAAACAUUUGCCUCAAGUUUCUGAGCAGUGAUUUGGAAAUCUUCCUUUCCUUAGUGAUGAAAAUCCUUCUGGAGACCCAGGACACUUCCUUCAAAUCCCCAGGCCAAGGAACAAGCCCCAUGAGGACUCUUAGGAGAAAUGGUGAUUUAUUUAACAAUUGACCAAUUACCAAGAGGAGCACAAUGAAGUGGAGGUUGUGAACUUAAAUGCCUUCAAGGGCCAGGCAGGCGACAAGGAUGAGUGUAGUGUCCAUCUGGGGACUAUGACCAACCUGAGAGCCAUGUCCAUCUAGAGCUGGUUGUCAGCUCCAGCCAUUCCUGCCACAUG